AUGUCCAAGACUUCCCUCUACGACGAGGCUCCAACACCAUCCUCGUCCUCACCCAAGGCCGCCGAGACCAUGAUGGAGGUGACGAUGGGCGGCGCCCGCGGGCCGCUCCUCUCUUCGCACGCGGACAGCGGCGGCGGCGCCCUCUACGGCAGCAUCCUCCCCGGCGGCAGCAGCAGCAGCAAUAACAGCAACCCUCCUCCUGAAGACGACGCGGACCUCGUCACGGCCACAGAGCAGCGCGACCUCCAGCGGGGCCUCGCCGAGCGGCACCUGUCGAUGCUCGGGAUCGCGGGGGCCAUUGGCACGGGCUUGUUCCUGGGGCUCGGGGGCGCGGUGCAGACGGGCGGCCCGCUCGGGGCGCUGCUCGGGUACGCGACGGUCGGGCUGGUGGUGUGCGCGGUGCAGUUUGCGCUCGGCGAGGUGUGCGCGCUGCUGCCGGUGACGGGCUCGUUUGUGCGGCACGCCGAGACGUUUGUCGACCCGGCCUGGGGCUUCGCCGUCGGCUGGAACCUCGUGUACGGCAACCUGCUGUCGAUCCCGUCCGAGAUCACCGCCAUCUGCGUGCUGUUUGAGUUUUGGACCCCCGGCACGAACCCGUCCGUGUGGAUCGUCACCUUUGUCGUCCUCACCGUCGCCGUCGGCCUCUGCUUCGUCCGCGUCUUUGGCGAGGUCGAGUUCUUCUUCGCCCUGCUCAAGAUUGCCCUCGUCGUCUUCCUCGUCAUCCUCGGGCUCGUCAUCGACCUCGGCGGCGUGCCCGGCGUGCCCGCCCUCUACUUCACCUACUGGAAGCACCCCGGCCCGCUCGUCGAGUACAUCGCCAACGGCCGCUGGGGACACUUCCUCGGCUACUGGAGCGUCAUGACGUCGGCCGUCUUCUCCUUUGCCGGCGUCGAGUCCAUCGCCAUGGCCGGCGCCGAGACGCGCAACCCGCGCAAGGCCAUCCCCGCCGCCUGCAAGAACGUCUUUAUCCGCAUCGUGCUCUUCUACAUGCUCUCCAUCCUCAUCGUCGGCAUGCUCGUCGCCAGCAACGACGAGCGCCUCGCCGGCGGCGGCAGCUCCGUCACCCAGAGCCCCUUUGUCAUCGCCGCCCAGGCCGCCCACCUGCCCGCCAUACCCUCCGUCGUCAACGCCGUGCUCAUAUCCUCGGCCUGGUCCUCGUCCAACCAGGCCCUCCUCUCCGGCACCCGCGUGCUCUACGCCCUCGCCCUCAAGAAGCAGGCCCCCGCCGUCUUCCUCCGCACCACCUCCUGGGGCGUCCCCUACGCCUGCGUCGCCCUGUUUUCCGUCUUUAUGCUCCUCAGCUUCAUGAGCUUGUCCAGCGGCGCCCUCACCGCCUUUUACUGGCUCGUCAGCCUCACCGCCGCCGGCGUCCUCGUCUCCUGGAUCGCCAUCCUCAUCAACCACAUCCGCCUCCGCCUGGCAAUGCGCGUCCAGGGCAUCCCCGAGACGCGCCUGCCCUGGCACAACGCCUGGACCUUGUACGCCUCGUGCUGGGCCCUCGGCAUGUGCAUCAUCAUCCUGCUCACCGCCGGCUUCCGCGUCUUCACCAAGGGCAACUGGAGCCCCGAAGCCUUUGUCUCGUCCUACCUCGAUAUUCCCCUCGUGGCCGUCGCGUUUUUGCUUUGGAAGUUUUAUAAAAAGACAAAAAUUGUCAAAUUAUCCGAGAUACCCCUCCGCGCUGCCUUUGAGCAGGCCGAGCAAAAGGACAUUCACGACGAACAAGAUGCAUGA